CGGGCGGGGGCGCCCCUCCUCCGCCCCAGGCGCCCCUGUCGGACGUCGGCUCAGACGACUCCAACUUCCAAGGACGGUCCGUCGUCCGGCGGGGGCCGAGGCGCCAACGACGUCUCCAACUCGGACGCCGAGGGCGUAUGGAGCCCCGACAUCGAGCAGAGCUUCCAGGAGGCGCUCGCCAUUUAUCCGCCAUGCGGAAGGCGCAAGAUCAUUCUCUCGGACGAAGGCAAGAUGUAUGGGCGCAAUGAGCUCAUCGCCAGGUACAUCAAGCUGCGCACGGGGAAGACGCGGACGCGGAAGCAGGUGUCCAGCCACAUUCAGGUCCUGGCCAGGAGAAAAGCGCGGGAGAUACAGUCCAAGUUAAAGGAUACGGCGGCGAAGGAGAAAGCGCUUCAGUCUCUGACGUCGCUGUCUUCGGCGCAGAUUGUGUCGGCCACGGCCAUGCAGAACAAGGCCGGGCUAGCCUCCCUAGUGCCACCCGUGAGCUACACAGGGGCGCCGUUUUGGCAGCCAACCAUUGGUCAGCCUGGAACCUCUGAAGACGUCAAGCCGUUCGCGUCGCAGCCCUAUGCUCUGCAGAGCCCCAAGGCUCCCCCCGGCAGCGCCGGUGCGGGCGUUGACCUGCUGCCUCCCCGCAUGGCGGUGACGCCCUCAUGGGAGGGCCGCUCUAUCGCCACCCACAAGCUUCGCCUCGUCGAGUUUUCCGCCUUCAUGGAACUGCAGCAGGACACUGAUACGUGUAACAAACACCUGUUUGUGCAUAUUGGUGGCCCACCUACCUAUGCAGAUCCACUUCUGGAGGCGGUAGACAUCCGGCAAAUUUAUGACAAGUUUCCCGAAAAGAAAGGGGGCCUUAAGGAACUGUAUGACAAGGGUCCCCAAGAUGCCUUCUUUUUGGUCAAGUUCUGGGCCGAUCUCAACACAAGCAUUCAGGACGAAGCUGGCGUCUUUUAUGGCGUCACUAGUCAAUAUGAAAGUAAUGACAACAUGACAAUAACUUGCUCCACAAUCUGCUCUUUUGGGAAGCAGGUUGUUGAGAAAGUGGAGACGGAGUAUGCAAGGUUUGAGAAUGGCCGUUUCGUGUAUAGAAUUCAUCGAUCACCAAUGUGCGAAUACAUGAUCAACUUCAUUCACAAGUUGAAGCAUUUGCCUGAGAAGUACAUGAUGAACAGUGUGCUCGAGAACUUCACAAUACUACAGGUGGUGACCAAUCGAGACUCCCAAGAGACGCUUCUGUGCAUCGCGUACGUGUUUGAGGUCUCCACCAGUGUUCAUGGAGCCCAGCAUCACAUCUAUCGUCUCGUCAAAGACUGAGUGCCUCGAUGCACCUCCACGACAGUUUUUCAGUGCCUCACACCCACCACAGCCUUCGGCACACAGACACCACAAAAGAGAUAAAGGAGGUGCCUGUGUGGUUGGGACAUGAA